CGCCGUCAUAGCAUCUUUCAUGGUCUCUUCUCAACUCUCCAACACCCUAACACUGGCGUGCCUGACUUCACUAGGAUGGCCUUCCUACGUUCGCCUCUUGUUGGGGCGGUACUCGUGCAGUUGCUCUCGACAAGCAACCCGGGUUGGCCGGCGUCGGGCUUAGGGGUCACGGCUCUCCCCAAAGAGGAUACCAUCCCAUCUCAGGCCCAGAUAAUCGACCAACGGAGCUUCAAUGUGUUUUACACGGUUGCUCCACCGCACCACCACGAUGGGUUUACGCAAUUUGUCCCUCCGGAAACAACUGAAGCAUCGCUCGUGGCCCGGCCCUUUCACAUUUACGACGAAGGCUUCUUGGACAUCAUAGGCGACAAUCCGACCUUGACCCUGCUCAACCACACAACAGAAGAUCCGAUAUUCCAUGAAGCACCCGUGUGGUAUCCGGCGAAAGAUGAGAUGUUCUUCGUGCAAAAUGCAGGCUCGCCAGCCGCUGGGACUGGCCUCGCCAAGUCGGCUAUCAUUCAGAAAAUAUCUCUGUCCGCUAUCACCACAGACAUUACCAGCAAGAUGAAUGCAAGCGGGUCGAUUGAGGUGGAAGUUGUAAAUUCUGACCCGAUGGUCAUGAACCCGAAUGGCGGAACCAACUACAGAGGUCAAAUUCUGUUCCUCGGAGAGGGCCAGGGCGAUCACAUCGCUCCGGCCAUGUAUCUUAUGAACCCGGAAUCUCCCUACAACACCACAGUGAUACUGGACAACUUCUUUGGCCGCCAGUUCAACUCGCUUAACGACGUAUCCAUUAAUCCCCGGAAUGGCGAGAUCUACUUCACGGAUCCGACAUACGGGUAUUUUCAGUGGUUUCGGCCUGAGCCAGGGCUGCCAAAGCAGGUCUGGCGCUUCAAUGAGGCCACGGGAGCGGUCACGGUGGCGGCAGAUGGAUUCGAUUCACCGAACGGUAUCGUCUUCUCGCCUACCGGCUCGCAUGUCUAUGUCGCCGACUCGGGAAUGACACACGUCUUCUAUGGCAACGACUUCACGCGUCCCGCAACCAUCUACCGUUACGACGUCAACGAUGACGGCACCCUGGACAACCGCAAGACAUUUGCAUAUGUGACGCCAGUAGUGCCCGAUGGCAUGCACGUUGAUACCAAAGGGAACCUCUACGUCGGAUGCGGCGACGGUGUGCAGGUCUACAACCCGUCAGGCAAGCUGCUGGGCAAAAUUUACCUUGGCGGCACGUCGGCCAACUUCCAGUUCGCUGGCAAGGGCCGGAUGGUGAUCUUGGCAGAGACGAAGCUCUACUAUGCCACUCUGGCGGCCGAGGGUGCCUUCCCUGGGAAACUGUAUCAGAAGGAUCAGGGCUGUGAGUGUUGAGACACAUUUGAUGCACUCUGUAGCCGCCUUUGAAUUGCGGCACCUCGAGGUAUCUUUGCACACCCAUUCUGAUCAUGGCUCCCUUAGGUAGUAUAGCAUUGGCCAUUAUCGGUCCGCGCUGCAUUAAGUUGUACCUCGUUUGUGUUCGUGGUGUUAUUUGACCCUAACCCUGUUGUUGAUUGUUUGUUAAUGCGGUAUCUCCGACUUGGCAUUUCAUGCACU